AAAACAUUGAUGAAUCUGAACAACGUCGAAAUAUUCAAAGACAAGCACUUGCAAAGAGAACCAUUGAGCAAGUUGAGUUACGUAGAAAAAAACAAAAAGAAUUUAAAAAUCAUAUCUCUAAUGCAGCACGUAUUGAGAAUUAUAAUACAAAGACUGUAUUUUUACAUAAUAUUGGAAGUAUGAGUAUUGAAUGUCCAGAAUGCAAAGCAUUACAUUGGAUAGAUGAGAAAGUGGCAGGAUCUCGACAUGCACACAUUUUCAGGACCUGUUAUGCAAAAGGCAAGGUGAAACUACUUGUCAUUGCUUCACUACCGGAAUUAUUAGAAAUACUUCUCACAGAAGAAAGUCCGCAAGCACAUGAUUUUCGAAAAAAGAUUCAUAUAUAUAAUUCUAUACUUGCAUUUACCUCCAUGGGUGCCAAAAUCGAUGAACGUGUUAUCGAAACACAGGGUGUGUACAAUUUUCAUAUUCAAGAAGAAAUACAUCACUAUAUCGGUUCUCUUAUACCUGAAAAUCAAGAUUCACCAUCAUUCAUUAAUCCUUAUACACACAUCUUUCGAAGAGCAGCUCAUGUUUUACAAGAAAAUCAUAUACAAGAUUUAAAGAUUAUUAUUGUUAAAACUAGAUAUGAAUAUCAAUAUAUAAUACUUAUCGCAUCAGAAGUUGCUGUUCUUAUGGUUGAAGAUAAAAUUCAUCAUAGCUAUAUUCCAUUACAUUAUGUUUUGCUAUUUCCAUAUGGUGAUUCCGGAUGGCAUCCAUGUAUUCACAUAAAUAAUCCUCAAACAGAAUCUACUAGCAAUGAUAGUUCAGAUUAUAAUAGUAAAGAAGAUAUUUCAACAAAUGAUAAUACAACUAGAGAUUAUGUAUCAAUGAUACAAUAUUAUGCAUAUUGUUUGCAUUUUCGAAUAUACAAACCAACUGAAUUAUUUGCAUUACAUAGAUCUGGUCAUCUUUUUCAACAAUAUAUUGUUGAUGCAUAUGUAUAUAUUGAGCAAAGUUGUCUAAAUUAUAUAAAACAUAAUCAAAAACAAAUUCGUGCUGAAUUGUAUAGUGAAUUUCAAGAUGCACUUUCAGCAAAUAAUGAAUUACCAUCAAAUAAGCUUCGUAUCAGUCGUCGAAUUAUACUCCCUUCAAGUUUUAUUGGAGGUCCAUGGCAUAUGCAACAAUUGUAUCAAGACUCGAUGACCAUUGUUGGGCAAUUGAAAAAACCAGAUCUUUUCAUCACAAUAACAUGCAACCCAAAAUGGCCCAAAAUUCAAGCUGCAUUGCUAUCAGGACAAACAGCACAAGAUCGUCCUGACCUUUGUGCUCGG